AUGUCCUCCACCGAAGCCAUCAUCGUCAACAAAAUCACCCCCGCCUACUGGCGCGCAACCUUCAACAACGGCACCCUCAACCUCUUCGGUCCAGAAGGCCACGUCGCCCUCAAGAAGCUCAUAGACGACCUCGAAGCCGACAAGUCCGUCCGCGUCAUCGUCUUUGACUCCUCCAGCCCAGAUUUCUUCAUCGCCCACGCCGACAUCCUGCGCGUCGCUGAAGAGCCUCAAGGUCCAGGCACAGGCUUCGUCGCCACAUGGGCCAGCCUCGCCGUCCGCAUCGCCAGCCUUCCCGUGCUCAGUAUCGCGGCGAUUAGGGGUUAUGCGCGCGGGUUCGGGGCCGACUUCUCUUCUGCUUGCGACUUGCGCUUUGCCAGCCGCGAGAAGGCAAUCUUUUGCCAGCCAGAAGUUGGGGCGGGCAUCAUCCCCGGUGGCGGAGCCUUCGAGUUGCUUCCUCGAAGAGUCGGUCGCGCAAGAGCACUAGAGAUUCUCCUCAGCUCAGACGACUAUGAUGCUAUCACGGCUGAGUUGUACGGAUGGAUCAACCGCGCCAUUCCAGACGCCGAGUUCGAGGACUUUGUCGACAAGUUUGCUCGUCGAAUCGCAAGCUUCGACGCCCAGCUCCUGAUCGAGACGAAGCGUGUCGUGGAUUCUCGCUGGGGGAUGCCGAGCCAAGUCGAUUUUGCUGCUGGAAUGGCCCUUUUUGGGGAGUCCACCAAGUGGCCCUCUGCUGCGCGUAUGAAGGCCCUUUUCGACAAGGGCUUGCAGAGCGAUGAAGAGGUUGAGCGUAAUUUGGGUGCGGUCAUCGGAACUGUCACUGAGCAAGACUUGGCCAAGUAUAGAGAGUAG